ACCUUGGCUGAUGUUACCAUAGUGACAACGCUAUCGACAAGGUGUAACUUGUAAAAGUAGCAGAAUCCGCACUGCCAAGCGCCAUAUUGUUUCAAGAAAAUCUUAUCUGAAUAGUAGCUAAUCUUAUCACAACUUAUCUAUUUGAGAAAAUAAGUAAGUACUCUUGAGAGGAGUAUUGGCGCGUUUUUUUAAUUGAAAUUUUCGAAUGAAAAACGAGUUCAAACGUGUAGUUCUUUUCGCUCCACAGUACGAAAUAGUCUACAUUGAAAUCUCCAUAUGGCUGCUACAGACAGACAAAAUCGAGAAUUAAAGGCAAAAGUUGCCAAGCAAAUUGCCUCAGGUCAACAUAAAUCUGCCUUGGAAUUAUUGAGAUUGAAAUGUCUCGAGAGAGGAGCAUCUGGCAUUAAAGGCUUGGGAAGAACAUUCAGAAUAUUUGAUGACGAUGGUGACAAAAAGUUGGACAUAAAAGAAUUCCGUAAAGGACUCAGAGACUACGGAAUUGAUAUGGACCCCAGCCAAGUUGACGAAGCAUUCUACGAAGUGGACAUUAACAAGGAUAAUACUCUUCAUUUUGACGAAUUUUUGAGAGCCUUAAGGCCUCCAAUGACGCCAAGCCGGAAAAAACUGGUUAUAGAAGCUUUUCGUAAGUUGGAUAAAACUGGAGAUGGACUUGUCACCAUUGAAGACUUAAAAGGAGUCUACAACGCAAAGCAACAUCCGAAAUAUAAAUCGGGUGAAUUAACGGAAGAGGACGUUUUCAGACUUUUCCUUAAGGGAUUCGACGAUCCAGGAAAUCCUGAUGGACAGGUUACUGAAGAAGAAUUUAUGAAUUAUUACUUUGGUGUUAGUUGCUCCAUUGAUAACGAUUCGUACUUCGAUCUGAUGAUGCGUCAAGCAUGGAAAUUAUAG